GGAAGAGGUCAAAUCCCAUUGGUCACUUCGAAUGGGAAUUUUCUGAUUGGCCAGUAUGUACAGCUGCUAAAUUUUGUAAAAAUAUGCUAUUUAGUUAAGAAAACCCUAGCAGAAGCAAAUACAACAUAAUUAAAAUAUUAAUCUAAAACGAUAUCUUAUCAUAUUUAGUAAAAAAAAAAAACAGUGUUUUAAAACAGCUCAUGGAGUCUCUGCGCCUCUAUUCACACCAACUAAUCAGAGGCCGCGCUCCGGCGUGUUGCUAGGCAGAUUAUGUUAAUGUUUGCAACGCAGCCGUGUUUGCAGCUACCAUUCUGAGGAGAGAAGUGACUGGGUCGGGCCUGCUGCUGCGUUGCCAUGGAAAACAAGCAGGAAGCGUCGGCCGUCUGGAGUCAGACCGUCAACAAUGACUCGAGCAACCCCACUCAGGUGCAUUUCGAGGGCGGAGCCGUGGCCCAGAUCGUGUACGGCGGGGAGCGGGCGGACCGGGCGGAGCAGCAGGUGGUCUACACGGCGGACGGGAGCUCCUACACCUCCGUGGAGUCUGCGGAGCACACGCUGGUCUACAUCCACCCUGCGGACGGCGCUCAGACCGUGUUCGCCGACCAGCCGCAGGUGGCCUACAUCCAGCAGGACGGCACCACUCAACAGGUGACGGUGCUGCUGCCCGGAGGUCAGAACAUGAACGCCGCCAACCUGCACGUUCUCAGUAACGUGGCGGACGCUCCACCGGCCAUGCUGGAGCCGGACUCUCAGGAGCCGCUGUCCGCCUCCAACUCCCUGGCAGACAUGGCGGACAUCACGGACCCCCCCACCAGCCCGCUCGGCGCCACGGACUCCACCGAUGACUCCGACGAGGUGGAGGACGAAGACUCAGACCUAGACGACUGGGACCUGCUGCAGCCUCCGGCGUUCGACCCUCACAGCCUCUGGUGCGAGGAGUGCAACUGUGCCAACCCCUCAGAGUGCCCCCUCCACGGUCCCCUGCAUCCCGUCCCCAACCGGCCCGUCCUGUCCAAGGCCCGGGCCAGCCUGCCUCAGAUCCUCUACAUCGACCGCUUCCUGGGCGGGGUGUUCUGCAAGAGGCGCAUCCCGAAGCGCACGCAGUUCGGUCCGGUGGAGGCGCCGCUGGUGCCGCAGAGCGAGCUGCAGGAGCACUUCUUCCACCUGAAGGUGAGUCUGAGCUCAGGUAGAGCAAACGCUGAGUCAGCAGCUGAGUCACUCUGUGAACUUUCUGUUGUUUUAGCUGCUCACAGAUCUGCUGAAGUCAUUCAGGAAAGAGGAGGGCGAUAACAAAUAGUUUCAAAACAUUUUACUUUGUGAUAUUUUCCAAUAAAAAACUGAUCUAUUCAAAAACGUCUGCUACUAUUAGUUUUAAGCAACUGUUCUGCUACUAUUAGCUUUAAGUACUCUUCUGCUACUAUUAGCUUUAAGCAACUGUUCUACUACUAUUAGCUUUAAGCAACUGUUCUGCUACUUUUAGCUUUAAGCAACUGUUCUGCUACUAUUAGCUUUACGCAACUGUUCUGCUACUAUUAGCUUUAAGCAACAGUUCUGCUACGUUUAGCUUUAAGCAACUGUUCUGCUACGUUUAGCUUUACGCAACUGUUCUGCUACUAUUAGCUUUAAGCAACUGUUCUGCUACUAUUAGCUUUAAGCAACUGUUCUGCUACU